AUGAUGGGUGUUUGGAACAAAUUGGAAAGCAGAAAAUCCUCUUGCUUUGUUAUUCUCUUCUCCAACUCUGACAACCUCGAAGUCAGUCAGACCCUCAUUUCCGAUGAUCAACACAUUUGUCCCUCUGUUCUCAUCCUCUGCCUCGGAGUACUUCUCAUUCGACAUUCUUCUUGGAAGGAAGAACCAUUUUCUGUGGAUUGGGGACCAUUGGACAGCUUCAUGGAUCAUGUACCCUGGGUACUCGAUACCGGCGGCUCUACGGACACGGAUGAAAACGUCCUUCCAGUUGACAUGAUGGACGGCUCCAGCAGCAGAGACAUGUUUCACCCACAUUGGAUGAUCGUUUACAUAUUCUCCGUCAGUAGUUGUCCAUUCUUUUCCCAGUCCUCCGACAAUCAAUUCAGUAUCUUUUACUGUCAUCCACUCUCCCUUCAAUCCCUUGAUAACGUUUCCUGGUCCGUCGUUCAGAAGAACCCAUGGAAUCGCCUGAAAGACAAAAGAGUGAAACAACCCUCAGAAUCUCGGGUUGACAUAUCCACUUGUUCUUGGGAACAGAUAGUAGCUUCUGGAAUCGGUGUAACCAACUCCUUCUCUUCCCAUCAUGUAUCUCGAUGCUCGUGGAUUGAACUGCUUCUCACCACGAUGACUGUACAUGUGAUAAGCCAGUCCUCGACUGUCAGAGUAGCUCUUGGAGCAAUAUUCACAGAUGUAUGGCUUGGAACGGACAUCGUUGUACACUCGGAGUGGAUGCUUCGGCUCGUAUCCUUCGGUGACAAACGCUGGUUGUGGAAGAUCUUGCUCAGUGACGGGAAUGAUCUUUUUCUUGCUGACAAGGACGGUUGUGGUCUGGAAAUUAAAACUUCAUUAAGAUUCUGA